AUGUUUGAAAACCAUGUUGAUGAUUUCUUUGAAUAUGCUGCAAAGCAGACUUGGGUAAGCAAAAAUGAUCUGAUUUGUGAAGUAAAACGGUAUUUAGAUGAACCAAUUACUCAGAAAACUACCAACAUACUUGAAUGGUGGAAGCAUAAUAAAGA